GAAACCGUUAUCAGUGGCGGCAAUAACAAGCGAGGCUUCAAUUCACUUCCAGUAUAAAGAAGAUCAGUGCAGUUGCAUCGCCGGGUCCGUCCAGUUGUCCACGUGUGUGUGUGCGGGUGAUUAUGCACUAGAUCGAUUUUCUACAAAGUGUGCUGUCAACACAAAACACAGAGGUUCACUUCCGCAACCGCAACGAUGACGGGAACAGCCGCCGUGCUCCUCACGAUCACGAUUCCCACGAAGGCGGAGGAGCAGCGCCUGAAGAAGGGGUACGUCCAGGUGGUCAACGGAGAGGUGGGCACGCCCAUAGGAACCGCCAGCAGAGCGUCGACGAUCGAGAGCCUGUCCACCAUUCGGAUUGGGGAAUCACCGGAGAAGACGCCCGGUAAACAAAGAAAAAACCAAAAAGCCCAGAAUCCCCUGCAAAAAAUCCAAAUUCAGACGUCCGAUGGCGGCUCCCACGAUCAGCUCCUCGACAUCCCACUGGACACGGAUCAGGAACAGGUGCUGCGCCAGAUCUUACAGAAAUUUCACAUACCCAACGCAGUUUGGCUGCCGAGUCUGGAGGGGAAUGCCUACCACAUCAGCUUCUCCAUGGACUUCGACGAGCGCUACGAGAAUCUCUACGAGGCUCUGCAGGAAUGGGGCAUCGGCGAUCGGGAGGGAUCCGCGGUGUCCGUGGUCAGCUGCCUGGCCAACAGAUCCUACGUCCAGCGCGAGACUUUGGAGGAGCAGGGGAGCCAACACUCUAGCAAAGAGCAGAUCAAUGCCCAGAAACAAGGGAUCUGGAAUCGGUUCAUGAACUCCGUGCGAUCCCGAUUGAAUGUGGCCCAAAUCCUGAGAGAUGUGCGGCAGGAUGCGGCAAUCACCUUCGACUUUUGCAUACUACUAGUAUCGGCAGCAGUCCUGGCCAGCUUUGGUCUGGUGGAGAACAGCACGAUCUUCCUAGCCUCCAGUAUGCUGAUUUCUCCCCUUAUGGGUCCAAUAAUCGCGGCCAUCUUCGGAACUGUGAUCCAGGACCGAUCGCUUCGCAGACUGGGCAUGCUAAACGAGCUGAUCGGCAUCCUGACCGCCACCUUGGUGGGCUUCCUCUUCGGACUGGUGGUGUGCACCACGGAUCACAAGUACGGAAUCGGCGAAGGGCUCACGGAGGAGAUGCUCUCCCGCUGCGAUCUGCACUCACUGGUCGUUGGCGUUUUCACAGCGAUACCUUCGGGAGCGGCGGCUGCUAUUGGAAUCCUGGGCGGCAACAUCGGCUCGCUUGUGGGCGUGGCCAUAUCCGCCUCUCUUCUGCCGCCAGCAGUCAACUCUGGACUCCUUUGGGCAGUUGCCUGCAUCUACAAGUUCUUCGAGCACGACGACUCGCUGUACGUGGAUGUGAUCAAGACGCGUCGCUACUCGGACAACCAGGCCAAGGAACUGGCCGUGCUGGGUGGCAUCAGCAUGUGUCUGACGCUCUCCAACGUCCUUUGCGUCUACCUGAUGGGAAUCCUGGUACUGAAGGUCAAGGAGAUCGCGCCGGUAAUUGGGCGCAAGAACAGGCAAUUCUGGAAACAUGACAUUAAGCUGGCGCGCCAUGGAAAAGUGGAGACGGAGUCUGAUAUCUUGGACGAAUUAAUGGCCAACUUGGCCACCGAGGACCAGCAGGCGCUGGGAUCGCUUAAUCGUCAGUUCCUGCGCCACCUGGACGAGACGAACUACCAGCACACAUGGUCGCCGCUCAGCAACCGGCAUAGUUUCUCGAUGCAGCCACCUGGAGCGGGCUUCUCCACCAUCCACCGUCUGGAGCAGCUGUAUGCGUCGAAAAUAGGAAGUGUUUAUCCUCUAGCAGAGCGUCGUCAGCGUCACAGUGUGGUCAGCAGGCCAUCGCAAAGGAGCCACGAAGUCUCCAUCCAGUUGAGUCCUCCACAACCCCGGCCUCGAUUUUCGAGCAUGCCCUCGCAAGUGGGAAAGGACAACCCGCUGAAAGAAACAGUUAUCCAAGUGACAAGUUCCAAACGGUUUACAGUCACGCCGGCUAACGAGGACGAGCAGCUUCCCUAGAAAUCUAUUAGAUGUAUUCGUGUUUUCACUUUCACAAGAUUUGCAUAAAUUUAAAUAUUAUUAGAGCCAAUAAUGUACAACCAAUUACUUGUUAUACUCUACCAGAGGGUAUAAAAAAUCGAAUUCUAUACAAAUCUGUAAUAGUAAGAACCUGAAAUGCCAUUCAUAACUUAGUUAAGUGUAUAUGUGUAAUGUGAAUCUUUGUGCAACAAUUUCCAAUAAAAACUACAAGUCUA